CUCUCACUCACUCACUCACCCACUCUCUCUCCCUCUUCCUCUCUCCAACACUUCUCCCUCCUGCUCCCGCUAUGUCUCUUUUGUAGCCAAAGUAGCUCGCUGAAGCAAUCCACCGCAGUGCCUGGGACAGAUUGAGUGAAAGAAGGAGUGAGGGAUUUAGAGGAUGGGUAAGGAGGCUUAAGGGAAAACACACAGAAGAGAGAGAGAGGGAGGGAGGGAGAGAGAGAGAGAGAAGGGGAGAGACAGAGAGAGAGAGAGAGGGAAACCAAAAAUCCACCAAGCCUCCCCGCUGUGAGGUUUCUUGGCUACUGACGUGUGCGCACGACUCUCGUGGCAGGAUGAGUUCGUGCAGCAGCCGUGCGUUGACCAUCCUGUCCACAGUGUUUGGAGCCUGCGGGCUGCUGCUGGUGGGGGUGGCCGUGUCCACGGACUACUGGCUGAUCAUGGUGGAGGGCAUCAUCCUACAGCAGAACCAGAGCAUGGAGGUGAAGAUGGCGCUGCAUUCAGGCCUCUGGAGAGUUUGCUUCGUGGCUGGAUCAGAAAACGGGAGAUGUGUUGCGUCAGAGUACUUCACUGAACCCGAUAUAGAGAUCACCACUGAAAACACUGCAAACAUCCUCAAGAUGGUGCGGACAGCCACGCCCUUCCCAAUGGUGUCGCUGCUCUUUGUCUUCACGGCCUUCGUCAUCAGUAACAUCGGACACAUCCGGCCUCAGCGCACCAUCCUGGCCUUUGUGUCCGGCAUCUUCUUUAUCCUCUCAGGCCUCAGUCUGGUGGUGGGCCUGGUGCUCUACAUCUCCAGUAUUAAUGAUGAGGUGAUGAACCGACCCAGGGAGCCCGAGCAGUUCUUCAACUACCACUAUGGCUGGUCCUUCGCUUUCGCUGCCUCUUCCUUCUUACUCAAAGAGGGGGCCGGGGUGAUGUCAGUCUAUCUGUUUAUGAAGCGUUACGCUGAGGAAGAGAUGUACCGCCCCCACCCCGCACUCUACCGCCCCCGCCUGUCCGAGAGCAGCGACUACAGUGGCCAGUUCCUACACCCAGAAUCCUCCUGGCCCCCGCCAAAGCGAGGCCGCAGCACCUCUGAAGCCUCCAGCGACAUCUCAAUCCAGCUCAACCAGGCACCCCCAGCGCCACCCAAAAGCAAGCUCCAAACAGGUGGCCAGGGCAGCCCGCCUUCUGGGUCUUCUUCCGCAGGGAGCUACCAAAUGCCCCCGCAGCCUGCUGGAUACUCCUCCAUGCACACCCUAACCAGGUCGCACUCCUCACAUCCCCAGGGCCAGGCUCUUCCCAUGGCCAUGCCUCCAUCACCUGUACCUCCCCCUCACUAUCACACACACAUGCACAUGAGCGCCUCCCCCUGUUAAGAAGAGGGAGCAUUGGGGAGGACAGGAGAGACACUGUGACUCCUCAUAAUCAUGUAUACAGUACAUUUAGAUGAUGGAUGAAAGGAAAUGCUGAGCUUGGAGCACAGAUGAUGUGAGAUGAAGUGGGAGGGAGAAGUGAUCAAACAUAAAAAAUGUAGCGUUUGGAACAAUGUGAACCAAGGACAAAGGAGGCUUUGGAGAUAGAUUUAAAAGGAUUGUGGGGAUUUUACAGAAACUGUGAUGGAUGGAGAAAAAUAAAAACAGAAGAGUGAAAAAGAGGAAUUCAGUUUGCCACAAUGGAAAAAGGGAAAAAAGUGUUUCCUAGAAAGACUUUAGAGGUUAGGUUGAGUGACAGAGGAGAUAUAGGGGAGGGAGAGUGAAGCAGGGAGAGCGAGGUGCUGCGGUAUAAUACGAAGAUACUGCAGUGCUGCGGGAAAUUUGUAUGCACUUGGAAAUGUACAAUGCAAAACACUGAUCACAAAGACUGAGGAUGCACAUAGUUUUAUACAUUCAUAAUUCAUGACGAUACAUGGACUAUGUUUCCUUUUUACCUAACGGGUAAAGGUGGUAAAAUAUAUUCUCGUCUUCUCUGAAUUUCUUACAUCAUCAAUCCAGUUUCAUAACUCACAGUGUCAAAGUAGUGUUAUUAAUAUUAUGAAUUAAAAAUUAUUAGUUAACAAUAGAGUAAUCUGAAUUGAGAAAACUGUAUGUGAAUGUUGUUGACCUUUGUAAAAAUGAUACAGACAGAAGUGGAUGAUGUUCUGAAAUAUCAUAAGGAGAAAUCAACUUUAUGUUUUACAUAUUUGUUUAAGAUACAAAUUUCUAACUUAAUUGUACAUAAAACUGCACAUGAGGACUUCUAUAUAGCUGUUGUAAAUUAUGAAUUAGGCUUUGGCACAAGUCACAUCAAGAAAAUGUCUGACUCAUUCUGCUUUGGAUGAAGACUCUGCAACAGGCGUAGUACAACCAACAACACACCCUCUGGAUGCAGCGCACACGCCGGGUUGAAGGAGGAACCACUGAUACAGGGGUCUGAUGCCCUCUACUGGUCACUGUUCUGCACUGACCCUGGACCAGCCCCUGCUGGGCUCAGUUCACUAUGGGUUUUUUUUCAUGCACUCUUCCUUCCUCACUGACCUGCACUGUGUGUCAGUUGAUGGUGCAGCACAGAUGAGUUGAAACUGUUGUCCAUCCAGAGGUGGAGUUAUGGUGAAUGUCAGGAGCAACGAGAGGUGCCGUUUUGAACUGUAAAUGGAUCAAGAUAUAUGCGUAUAUGCUUUAAAGACUGGUUAGAGGAUUUUUUUUUAAAGCUUCAGUGCAUUUAUAUAUCUGGAAAAAUCACAUGAUGAAAGUAUUAAUUACAUUUGCACUUAACUGGUCAAAGGACAAUACCACUGUUUGUGAAAUGCAGGUCCUCUGUGGAGACCACAGCUUUUUUCCAAUAUUUUCCAUGGCUGUUUGUGACAGAGCAUCAAAGGUUUCUAGAGCAUCUGAAAAAAUAUGUUUGGAUGAAAAUGUGAUACUGAGGUCUCUCAUGUGCAACAAAAGAUUAUAUUAAUUAUCGGUUAAUCUGCUGAUUAUUUUCUCAAUAUAAUGUUUUUGUCAAUGAAAAUCGUGAAAAAGGCCCACAGCUCAAGGUGAUGUAUUCAAAUCACUUGUUUUAUUCAGCCAACUGUCCAAAGCCCAAAGAUAUUCAGUCUUCUCCCAUAUAGGCUAUUAAAUCUUCAUAUUUGCAAAGCUGGAACCAGAAAGUGUUUACACAUUUUACUUUGAGAAUGACUAAAAUGGUGAAUCUAUUAUCCAAAUAGUGUUUUGUUAAAGGACUAAUUUAUUAAUAUACUAGUUGUUUUCAAUGUGUUCACUUUUUCUGUACAGUGCAGGAAAAGUUAUGUUUGGCACUGUGUAAUAUUUCAAAGAUGAAAAGUUUUUCCUCCUGAUAAAAUGUUGCAUGUUAGAGAAAGUAUCAAGACUUUUGGACAAUCCCACAUUGGUCAGAGUAGCACUUCCUUCAACACCACAAUGUAGCAGGCUGCAUCGGACAUUGGAGGAUGUUUUAGCCACUUUUCUGUACACUUUAAUUUAAUUGGUUUUAGUUUUUUUGUAGAAACUAACAUAUUAUUUCAGAUACCAUAAAACCUGAAUGCUCCUAAAUACAGUGCAAUAUCUCAAAGAUGCAGAUUAGUAAUCCUGAGUAAGAAUUAUUCUCCAACAAGCAGGACCUGUACAUCAAAAACAGUCGUAUUUUAAUUUAGAAUAGUUUAUUUUGUUUGUUUUUAAGGCACAUCAUGCACAGGGGAUAUGUCGAUAUGAUAUAUCUCUCUAAUGAGAAUUAAACCACCGUGUCAUUGUGUAAUGGCUGGUUUUCAUUAUCACUGUGAUGCUGGAGAGAGGGAAACACACUGAUGUCCUAGAUGUGUGGGAUGAUAACGACUUACAGGGGAGAAUAUAAAGUGAGAUAUCAUCGUAUUUUCGCCUUCAUGCAGGGUUUUGUUGAGCAAUGCUGUGGAUUUUCAGCACAGCCCUGCUUUUUGUUUAUGCAGCUGCACAAAUUCAUGUUGAGGUGAAGCCCAGUGUAACCGCAGCCCUCUGUUGUUGGUUCUGCUGUUACAGUUAAGGGGUUAAGUGCCUUGAGCAAAGGGCACCUCAGCAGUAGUUGUUGAAGAAGAUCAAAGUAUUUCCUUUUCUAGAUUUUCCCAGCCAACGGGCAUCUAAACCUCCUGGUUAAAGGCCACCCCUCUAACCUAUAGUCAUGACCCCAUCAUGACCCUUCUGUUUCUUCCUCUACAGAAUUUGUAGAACUGUUUGAUAAUCAUUCACUGCCUCACAACUGCGGCAGUUCUUUCCUUUUUCAUCUCUGUACCUCUUUGUUUUUCCCUCUCUAACCCCAGCUCUUUUCUUUGCCUCUACAUGAUUACAUAAAAGGGUGUAGCUGUGCUUGCUUCUGCAUAAAGCCUAGACUUCUUGCACAUGACCAUCUUUGUAAAGACAAAAUGGUAAAACAAAUGCUUUUCAAUGCUUCAAUGGAACUGAUGCUGUAUAAUCUUGAGUUAUAUAAUUCAAUAGCAAUUGUGAUAAGAUCACUGUUCUUGAAAGUGUUGACAUAUGUCACUCACUUUCCUCUAAACAUGAAUAAAACUUUCAACAUGG